CAAACGAAUAGAUUAGUUUCCACGGAUUCUCUCAAUAAUAACAUGCCUCCUCAUACAACCCUGCAAUACACCAUGCCUUCCAAUACUACAAAUUCAAAGUCUACUUCAACCACAUCUCCAAACGGCACCUCACAUUUAACCUCCAUCUCCAAACCUUCAACCACACCCACUCCCCGACCAAGGAGGGCGACCUCUUCCUACGUCCUCGCACCAAGCUGGUUUGUAAGUAACAAGACGGGACCCACGGCAACCGAAGGGAGGGUUGCGAGAGAGGAGACAAAAGCGGUGGGUUCAUCGAAGAAGGACGAGUUGGGCGUUGUUAAGCAGGUGAAAGAUGGCAACCCCUCUCUCAAUAACUUUAUACCUACGUCGGUCAAUGGUCCUGUGCAACUAACUUCCACUCGAACAAAGACGCGAGAUUUUUCUAGUCUUCGUUUGAAGACAUUGGAAGAGACAGAGGGGGAUGAG